AUGACAGGAUGGAGUUGUCUAUUUAUAGAAGUCCCUCUGUGUAGACUGGCGCCUGCACUGUGUUGUCAUCUGUGAUGGCCAGAGGCAUUACUUGAAAGGGCAUGCCAGGGAGUGAUUGGGGACCUUCCCAGGGAUGCCAGUGCAGCUGAACUCAUGUUAAAUGAGAAAAGAAAUAAUGUUGCCAACCAAGCCCUUGUCAUAGGAGACGUGCUCUCAAUGGCAGACGUGGUCACUGGUGUGAAGUGUGGAGUGACUUACUGGUUAUUUGGUGGUGCAGUCAGGAAUCCUGAAAGCUCUUGACAUGUCAGUAAGUGGCUGCAGCCACUGAAGGAGCAGAACUACACUGGGAUGUUUGCAAUGACUGAGAGAGGCCACGGGAGCAAUGUGAAAGCAAUCCAGACCAAAGCUACCUUUGACCUUGUUACUCAGGAGUUUGUAAUUGAUACUCCAUUUGAAAAUGCCCAGAAGAUGUACAUCGGAAAUGCCAUGUGUGGGAAUUAUGCAGCUGUCUUUGCCCAGCUUGUCAUAAAUGGAAGAUCAUAAGGGCCUCACUGUUUCAUUAUUCCUGUCCGGGGUGAAAAUGGAAGCUUGUACCCGGGAGUGGCAGCUAUUGAUAUGAUGCACAAAGAGGGUCUGCACAGUGUGGAUAAUGGGAUUUUAAUAUUUGACAAGGUUCAGAUACCAAGGGUGAACCUGCUGAACAAAUUUGGAUCCAUGGCUCCAGAUGGACAGUACCAUUCACCAAUUAAGGACAAGAGUGCGAGGCUCAAUGCGAUAAUGGUAGCACUGACCCCUUCAAGAUUAGCAGUGACUUUCCAAGCCAUUGGUGCCAUGAAGCUUGGAUUGACGAUAGCCAUUUGCUAUAGCCAUAGCUGGAGGCAUUUUGGACCCAAAGCCAAGGAAGAGGUGAAGAUCAUUAAGCACCAAACACAGACACUGUGGCUGAUGCCUUACCUGACCACAGCACUGGCCCUGAUCUUCACUAGCAGUGAUAUGGCUCUUGAAGUCACCAGAUUCACAGGUGCUUCUGCCAAAAACUCCUGUAGUAAGUCUCUAGUCUACGUGUGCCCAGGCCUGAGAAAAAAUACACUAAGAGACAGACCAGAACAGAGAAAGUGGGGUGACAGGAUGACCAAUACCAGUGCAACUAACAAAAUCACUGGGAAGUCCCAGGGUUAUAUGAUGGAAAACCAAAUCUCAGGCUUAAAGUGUGACACUGAUAUAUUUGCAACUUUUGAAGUUGAGAUAAAAUCGCAGGUUGUAGCUUGGGAACUGCUGGCUCACUACACCAAGCACCAGGAAGAAAAAUCCCUCUUUGGCUUGUUCCAGAACUGGGCUUCAUCUGUGGGUGACAAGCUGACAACCAGUUUCCUGGCUUUGAACACGGAUACAAUUGGUGAUCUCACCUUUCCGUUGAAAGCAGUGAAUUUUCAUGAAAGUGUUCUUCAACAGGGAUUAGUAGCCAGAAUUUAUCAUUAGGUGGUGACCAAGAAAGAGGAUUUCUUCAAUGCCUGGAACUUGUGUCUGCACCACAUCACUUCCUUGUCCCUGGCCCACACUCACAGAGUUUCUUCAGAACUGACCUCCCUGGCAGUGAGGAGCUGUCCCGACCAGAGGACCAGGCUUUCUUUAUUUUUCUACACCUUUUAUUUUUGUCUGUUGUAUGGAAUCAAGCUGGUGUUCCAGGAGUGGGCCUGGUUUUUAGAGCAUAAAUACCUGAUUCUGACCAGCAUGAGGAUCAGGAGUCAGAUAAGGAGCCCUGAGGGUGUCUUGUCUAUGACUGGCAGUGUAUGUCAGGACAACCUCGGAUCGUGCGUGGGGUUCCUGCAGGUGGGUUUUGCACGGGUGGACGAUGACGGUGCCAACGCCUAG